UACCCUCCUCGGUGACUUGCCAGGCUGCCAAUACGCGCCAGUCGAGUCGUUCCCAACCCCUUCUCUGAGUUUUCUCCCUGUCUUUCUGGUGCUUCGCGUCGCCCUGAACGGAGACCAUUGGCUUGCUUCGAGCUCCUGCCGAUUACUAUUCCACAUGGCUAAUAAGCACACCAUUAUCUUGAUGCAAACUUCUCCAAACAGAGCUACUAGAACAUUUAUGGAUUAUGAUUCAAUAAGUCAAGCUAUGGACGGCAUAUGUGGUUUAUACGAAAGGAAGCUUAAGGAGUUAAAUCCAGCCAUCAGAAACAUCACGUAUGACAUUGCAGAUCUCUACAAUUUCAUUGAUGGCCUUGCAGAUAUGAGUGCCUUAGUUUAUGAUCACUCAAUCCAUGCUUAUUUGCCGUAUGAUCGAGAAUGGAUUAAACAGCGGACGUUUCAACAUCUAAAGAAAUUGGCACACUGAAUUUAGCAUGAUGCUGCAGCUCAAGUCUGUAGUUACUACCGGAUUAUUGAAUUGGAGCUAUCCGUGUGGGAGUUGCUUGUCUUUGACACAAGGUGUUUAAGCAGCAAUUGUUACCCUCUUUGUGCACCUAUAUUAUACUCCCUUCUCUAGGGAGGUUGACCUUGACAUCGGAAUCUACAGUACUUAUGUGUGAAAUUGGAUGUUUUUUCGAAAUCCGGUUGCCUAUAUUGUUCUUCCUCUAUCCUUCUACCCAUCGUGCUCACUUUCAAAUCACUGCAUUUAAUGUAUGAUACAAUACACGGUCAUUAUUCCUUGGGACUCUGUAAUGGAUGGUCAGAUGUUGCAUGUCAAAUAUGUGGAAUAUCCUUUGAACUCGAAGGAACCAAAUUAUGGGCUUGUGGAUCA